AUGUGGAGGACUUCCAUAGGAGUCGUCGCACUGCUCGCAUCGGUGGCAUCAUGCUGGCCGUACGACGAAUCGCUCCUCGAUUACAACAUCAACCAGAACAAAUCCGCAACGAAUCCCGCUGAUUACUGGGGAGAAUGGCCGGACCAUCAGGGUGCCUAUCACCCAUCCCCAGACAACUGGCGGUUCCCAUUCUAUACCCUAUUCAUGGAUCGAUUUGUCAACGGUGACCCAACCAACGACAAUAUCAACGGAAGCCAGUUCGAACAUGAUCUGAACUCGAAUCAAAUGCGCCAUGGUGGUGAUGUGGCCGGACUACUCGACACCCUGGAUUAUCUCCAGGGAAUGGGUAUCAAGGGCUUGUACCUUGCCGGCACGAUCUUGAUGAACCAGCCAUGGGGUUCUGAUGGCUAUUCGGCGCUCGACACCACCCUUCUCGACCAACACUUUGGAACGCUGGAAACGUGGCGCAACGCCAUCACCGAGAUCCACAAGCGUGGAAUGUAUGUUGUGCUGGAUAACACCAUCGCUACAAUGGGCGAUCUCAUCGGCUUCGAAGGACAUCUCAACACGUCGACGCCGUUUUCUGAAAAGGAAUACAAAGCUGUAUGGAAGUCAGACCGUCGCUACGUCGAUUUCGACAUCGGAAACGAAUAUAAUGCGACCUGCGACUAUCCCCGCUUCUGGUAUGAAGAUGGCAUGCCGGUCAACGCGUCCCUGACCUCUGGCCUUGUCGGGUGUUACAACAGCGACUUUGAUCAAUACGGAGAUAUUGAAGCCUUUGGCGUUUGGCCUGACUGGAAACGGCAGCUUGCUAAGUUCGCCUCGGUCCAGGAUCGCCUUAGGGAGUGGCAUCCUACUGUGCGAGAACGCUUGAUCCGUCAUUCGUGUAUGAUCAUUGCCUCCUUUGAUAUCGAUGGCUUCCGGUACGACAAGGCGACCCAGUCUACAGUCGACGCGCUGGGAGAGAUGUCCAAGGCCUAUCGCGAGUGCGCGCGCAAGGUCGGAAAGAAGAACUUCUUUAUUGCCGGUGAGAUCACUGGUGGUAAUCAGUUCGGUUCCAUCUACCUGGGCCGCGGUCGUCAAUCCAACCAAAAAGUGGAUGAUAUUAUGGAAGCCAUGAAUUUGACCAGUGACUCCGACCCGCAGCAUUUUCUUCGCGAGGCGGGCCAUGAGGCCAUUGACGGAGCCGCAUUCCACUACUCAAUCUAUCGCAGUCUCACCCGGUUCCUAGGCAUGGAUGGUCAACUAGAUGCUGGCUUCGACUUGCAGGUGGAUUGGGUUAAUGCAUGGAAUGAGAUGCUUCAGACGAACGACCUGAUCAAUGCCAAUACUGGAAAGUUCGACCCGAGGCAUAUGUAUGGUGUCACCAACCAAGAUGUGUUCCGCUGGCCAGCUAUCCAGUAUGGUGUCGAGCGGCAACUGCUUGGUACCUUUAUUACUACCCUUAUGCUGCCCGGUAUCCCUCUUCUUCUAUGGGGCGAAGAGCAAGCCUUCUACGUUUUGGAUGCAACGGCGACCAACUACAUCUAUGGGCGACAGGCAAUGUCGCCUGCAACCGCAUGGAGAACCCAUGGAUGCUUCUCGUUGGACUCCUCCCAAUACUACAAAUGGCCUAUUGAGGCUGGCCGCAAUGGCUGCAAUGACGAGACUGUGUCCUACGACCAUCGCGACCCGUCUCAUCCAGUCCGCAAUAUUCUCAAGCACAUGUACCAGAUGCGCGAGGACUUUCCGAUGUUGAAUGAAGGCUACUUGAUUUCGACCCUAUCCAAGAAAACCGAGUCUGUCUACUAUCCCGGUUCGAAUGACACAGCCACCGAGACCGGCAUGUGGUCGGUGCGACGGGACAUCAAUCCAAAUGUGCAAGAUCUGGGCUCCGUUGACAAAAAUCAGAUGGUCUGGCUGGUGUAUCAGAAUGUCAAUCGCACGAUGAGCUAUGAAUUCAACUGCACCGACAAUGACGACGCCCUUAUCGCCCCGUUCCCGGCUGGGACGCACGUCAAGAACCUCUUCUACCCGUACGACGAGCUUAAGCUGGAGGCGAGUACCCAAAAACUCGGCUUUGGUGGAUCCAAAGAGUUCAACGGCUGCUAUCCAAACUUGACGAUGGACCGCUAUGAGUUCCGAGCCUACGUGCCUUCAAAGCUGUUCAAGAAGCCACGGCCCAUGAUCACGAAGUUUCAGCCGAGCGAUAAUGAGAAUGCCGGUCACGACUCACCACUGCGUUCGACCGUGGCACCGGAUGCAUCCGAGACGGUGCCCCUCGAGCUGCAGUUCUCAGAAGAGAUGGACUGCGACGCAGUGACUAAGGCUAUUUCAUUCAACUCAUCGACCGAGAUAGGGAAGACACCUUCGAUCGACCUCAACACCGUCCAUUGCUCGACUAUCCCCGAACAGAAGGGCAAGCUAACCGGCCAGAUCCCAGGUGUGUGGCAGUGGACCGCCAGCCUGACUGGUGUAUACAACGGAGUCCAUAGAAUCACCGUGAACAAUGCCACCAACGCGGACGGGAGCGCCUCCACGAACGCAGUGGACCACUUCCUAUUCCGAAUCGGGCAGAUCGACAACCCCAUGGUCUUCCAUUCAGCCAAUUACUCGAGCAGUCUUCUUCACCAGGAGGACAAUGGGACAUUGUUCAUCCAGCACCACGCCGCUGGCGCUGAUAUGUAUCGGUACUCUACCAACUGGGGAACGUCGUUCUCGGACUGGAUCCCUUAUAAGGGUGGUAAUGAUACAAUCAAUGCGCUUGAAUGGUCUGGCACCAGCAAGCAAGCAUGGAAAGGCCACCAUGUCCGUGUUGAGUACUGGAGUCGCUGGACCGGUAGCAGCGACUAUGUGCAGGAAGGAGACUAUGGUUGGGACCACAAUGUGCAGCGACGCUUCCCGCAUGUCUUCUUCAACGGGCCGUACAACCAGUACGGGUUUGACGGCGGACUGGACAAUGAGGUCGACUUGGAUACCAAGGACGGGUACUGGAAGUACCACUUUACAUCCGAAUGGCCGGCCGUCGGUCAGCUCAACGUCUGGGGCAUGAAUCCAGAUGGUCAACCCGACCAGAGCUGGGUGCUGGGUGACACCGACAACGAUUAUAUCCUGGACCGACUGCCUCCAUCGUCCCUCUCGGCAACGCUCAUCAACAUUACGGAUCAUCCACCUUCGCCCUACCUUUCAUGGAAGUUCUACAUCAGCGAUGCACGGUUACACUACCAGUUGGUUCCUGUCGGACACCAAAGCGUUCAGAUCGCCAUGUUCGUCCUGUUCUGGAUCAUUCCCGUCAUAACCGCGUCGGCUUGUGUCUACAUCUUCAUGAAGUCGUUCUACAAGGUCAAGUUCAACCAGGUCGGUGUCAGCGAAACACACUCCAUGAUCCCACUGGCUCUGCGGCGGAAGUUCAAGCAAAUGCAGGCAGGGAAGACGGGUCCACCCAACCCGCUCAUGCGUCUGGCUGAGAAGUCUGGCUUCAUGCAGAGCACCACCGCCCUGGGAGCUGCUGCGGCAGGCAAGCGGCGCAUGGUCUUGAUUGCUACCAUGGAGUACGACAUCGAGGACUGGGCCAUCAAGAUCAAGAUCGGCGGCCUCGGCGUAAUGGCCCAGCUCAUGGGGAAGACGCUCGGCCACCAGGACCUCAUCUGGGUUGUCCCUUGUGUUGGCGGAGUUGACUACCCCGUUGAUACCCCCGCGGAGCCCAUGACGGUGACCAUCCUGGGUAAGUCAUACCAGGUGGAAGUCCAGUACCACAUUCUCAACAAUAUUACCUACGUCCUCCUUGACGCACCCGUGUUCCGUCAGCAGACGAAGUCUGAGCCCUAUCCUGCACGCAUGGAUGAUCUUGAGAGUGCUAUCUAUUACUCUGCUUGGAACCAAUGCAUCGCAGAGACCAUUCGGCGCUUCCCUAUUGACUUGUACCAUAUUAACGAUUACCACGGCUCUCUGGCACCGCUUUACCUGCUUCCUGAGACUAUCCCCGCCUGUCUAUCCCUGCAUAACGCCGAGUUCCAGGGCUUGUGGCCUAUGCGCACGCAGAAGGAAAAGGAAGAGGUUUGCUCAGUGUUCAACCUUGAUCUUGAAACGGUCCGCUCCUAUGUUCAAUUCGGUGAAGUGUUCAACCUUCUCCACGCUGGCGCCAGUUAUCUCCGCGUUCACCAACAGGGCUUCGGAGCGGUAGGUGUGUCCAAGAAGUACGGUAAGCGCUCUUACGCGCGUUAUCCUAUUUUCUGGGGUCUCCGCAAGGUCGGUAACUUGCCCAACCCGGAUCCAUCGGAUGUUGGUGAAUGGACCAAAGAGAGCGGCCUACCCAAGGACGAAGACAUCCAGGUUAAUGCUGACUUCGAAGCCGCCCGUGGUGAGCUCAAACGACAGGCGCAGGAAUGGGCUGGCUUGGAGCAGAAUCCUGAUGCAGACCUGCUCGUGUUUGUUGGGCGUUGGUCCAUGCAGAAGGGUGUGGAUUUGAUCGCAGAUGUGAUGCCCGCAGUGUUGGAAGCACGCCCCAACGUGCAACUGAUUUGCGUUGGUCCUGUGAUCGAUCUCUAUGGUCGAUUCGCGGCAUUGAAGCUCGAUCGUAUGAUGAAGGUGUAUCCUGGUCGGGUCUUCUCGCGCCCCGAAUUCACCGCGCUGCCACCCUACAUCUUCUCUGGUGCGGAAUUCGCCCUGAUUCCUUCGCGCGACGAACCGUUCGGUCUAGUCGCAGUCGAAUUCGGCCGGAAAGGCGCCUUGGGUAUCGGAGCCCGAGUCGGCGGUCUAGGACAGAUGCCUGGUUGGUGGUAUAAUGUCGAGUCCGUCUCAACAUCGCACCUGCUCGUCCAGUUCAAGCUCGCCAUCGAGGCUGCCCUCAGCUCCAAACAAGAAACUCGGGCUAUGAUGCGUGCCAGGUCUGCGAAACAGCGGUUUCCCGUCGCCCAGUGGGUGGAGGAUUUGGAGAUUCUGCAGUCAACAGCCAUACAGGUGCACAAUAAGCAGGUCACCAAGGGCCAUGGUCUCCCUAUGACUCCGUCCAGUUCAAUGACGCCCACCGGUGCCUUAACGCCGUCAACUCGUCCGAGCAGCCCCUUGAUGAUGCAGAAAAUGAACCGUUCUAUCCCUCACUCCCGAGACAGCAGUUACUCCAACCUCAACCACCUGGCUGCUUCCCCCAUACCGCAGAAGAACAUUUACAGUCGAGACCCUAGCCCCGGCGACGCGGUGAAGCCAUCCGGACUGCAACGCUCACUCUCGCUCGGUGUCCGAUCAGGCCCAGGUCAUGUGUCUCGCCGUGGCCGGGGCCGUCGCGGACAGGACGCAGAGAAUAUUGCCGAGGAAGAUGAGAACAGCGCAGAACACUCUGACGGCGAGGCCGGUAGCGAUACGGAUUCCAUCCUCAGCUUCUACGGGGACGAAGAGUAUACUCUCACCCCGGCUCAGAUCGAGGAGAGCAGGCGGGCACAGGCUGUUCAAUCACCCGGUAGUCGCGUUGUAUCAACACCCCGACGCUAUAGUGAAGAUUCAUUACAUCCCCACCACUCCGUUAUGCCUCCGCUCAGUCCAGCUACGCCACCCUCAGCCGACCAAACUCUUCUUCCUCCACCCAAGCCCUUUGCCGAACCAGGAAAUCGACUAAGCAGUGCCUCCGUCUUGUCUCUUGACACCGUCGUCGGGAACAAGAAGGACUUCAAGCUGCAGAAGGUCGACCCCUUCUUCACUGACAGCAACGGCGAGUACUACAAAGAAUUCGAGCGGCGAUUGGAGGGCUUGAACGGGUCCAACUCGGAGACUCAAUUCUGUAUCGAGGAAUAUCUCAUCAAGUCCGAACGGAAGUGGUUUGACAAAUUCCGCGAUGCGAGACUGGGCCGUAUCAAAUCGCCAACCCCAUCGGUCUACCGCGACAAACACAAUGCCUCGCCGGGAGGUUCUUUCUACGCGGAUGAUGCAGCGUCACGACAUAGCGGACACGAUUUCCAUGACGACGACGACACGGAUGAUGAAUUUUUGCUCGGCAAAGACUACGUCCCCCCGACGGGACUGAAGAAGUGGAUGCAGAUUAAGAUCGGUGACUGGCCCAUCUAUACCAUCUUCCUGGCUCUCGGUCAAAUUGUCGCUGCCAAUUCCUACCAGAUUACACUGCUUACAGGUGAGGUGGGUCAGACUGCCGAGAAGUUGUAUGGUAUUGCCACGGUAUAUGCCAUUACGUCGGCCUGUUGGUGGCUUGUUUUCCGGUAUUUCAAGUCUGUAGUAUGCCUUUCGACUCCCUGGUUCCUCUACGGCAUUGCCUUCUUAUUCAUCGGCUCUGCCCACUGGGAAGGCGACUCCUUUACGCGAGGCUGGAUCCAGAAUAUUGGUAGUGGAUUCUACGCUGCGGCCUCCUCAAGUGGCUCGAUCUUCUUCGCGUUGAACUUUGGUGAUGAAGGCGGUGCGCCUGUCAAGAAAUGGAUCUUCCGGGCCUGUGUUAUUCAGGGCAUCCAGCAGGCAUAUAUCAUCGUGCUUUGGUACUGGGGUUCCACCUUGAGCAAGGCCUCGAGCGAGGGUCUCCUGGUUGCUGAGAAUCAGAUCUCCAACACCUGGAAGAUGACCGCCAUUUGUUAUCCCAUCGCCAUGCUCCUAUGGGCCAUUGGUCUCCUCCUGAUUUUCGGUCUUCCCAACUACUAUCGGCAAAGCCCGGGCAAGGUGCCUUCGUUCUACAAGUCUCUGUUCCGACGGAAAAUCGUCCUUUGGAACUUCGUGGCCGUCAUCUUGCAGAACUUCUUCCUCAGUGCCCCGUAUGGCCGUAAUUGGAGCUUCCUGUGGACGUCUAUCCACACACACGCAUGGCAGGUCGUCAUCCUCUGCAUCGUCUUCUUUGGUUUUGUCUGGGUGGCCUUCCUCUACCUGGUCAGCCAAUUCUCCAAACAACACAGCUGGUUCCUACCUGUCUUCGCCUGUGGCCUUGGGGCCCCUCGCUUCAUCCAGAUCUGGUGGGGUGUUUCUGGUAUCGGGUAUUUCCUUCCCUGGGUCGCUGGCGGCUAUACCGGGGGAGCCCUGGUAUCCCGGAGUCUCUGGCUCUGGUUGGGCGUUUUAGACACCAUCCAGGGUCUUGGAUUUGGAAUCAUCCUACUGCAAACGCUCACUCGCAUGCACAUGUGUUUCACCCUUAUUGUCUCGCAGAUCCUCGGUUCCAUCGCGACGAUCUGCGCCAGGGCUUUCGGACCGAAUAAUGUAGGCCCGGGGCCAAUCUCCCCAGACGUCACGAAGGGGGCAGAUGCAGUCGCCAAUGCAUGGUUUUGGGUCGCACUCUUCUGCCAGUUACUGGUUUGUGCCGGGUUCUUGCUCUUCUUCCGCAAGGAACAACUCUCGAAGCCUUAG